AUGAACUCUAAGUUGGAAGUGAAAGAGGCAGAGGGGAUCUACUUGAGAAGCUUGACUUAUCCUGAUGAACCUCCUCCUCCAAUCUACAAAGUUGAAGAUGUGAUGUGGACACUGAAAAGCAAUAAGGUCCCUGGAAUGGAUAACAUACAAGCAGAACUAAUUCAAAGUGGUGGAAAGGCACUCAUCUGGGUAUACCAUACGCUUGUCAAUGUGAUUUGGGAGUCUGGUAAAUGGUCCAAGACUUGGACACAAUCCCUGAUGGUUCCUAUUCCUAAAAAGGGAGACCAAGCUAUCUCAUUAUUGACACAUCAGAGCAAAAUAUUAUUGCACAUCAUCCUGAAGAGAAUUGCGCCCAAGAUAAAGAACUUUCUGGCUAAAGAACAAGCUGGGUUUGGGCCCAAAAGAGCACACAAGCCCGCAAGCGCGUCUGGCUUCCCUCCCCCCACCCCCGACACACACGGUUCUGGGGGGGCUGCAAGGUGUGGGCGCCUCCCCAGGACGGGGGAGCCGGAAGCCAUAAUAGCAGACAUUCAGAAAAAGAUUACAGAUGCUUUUGAAGUGUUCGACCAUGAAUGCAAUAAAACUGUGGAUGUCAGAGAGAUUGGUACAAUCAUCAGGUCAUUAGGAUGCUGCCCAAGUGAGGGCGAAUUACAUGAUAUGCUUGCAGAGGUAGAAGAAGAGGAACCUACUGGGUAUAUUCGUUUGGAAAAAUUUCUUCCAAUGAUGACAAAAGUAUUAAUGGAAAGAAGAUACCGGCCUAUUCCAGAAGAUGUACUUUUACGUGCCUUUGAGGUUUUAGAUGCGAAUAAAUGCGGACAUCUUACUAAAGAGGAGUUAGUCAAAUAUAUGACUGAAGAAGGUGAACCUUUUACACAGGAAGAAAUGGAGGAGAUGCUGUCUGCUGCUGUAGAUCCUGAAACAAAUACUGUUCGUUAUAGAGAUUAUAUUACAAUGAUGGUAGUAGACGAAAAUUAGGGUUAUGCUGUAGAACUAAUGGGCCACUUAGUUACACCAGCGUAAAUUUGGAGUUAGUCUGGAUAUACAGUGGCAUCAUAGAAAUCAGAAUCUGACACAGUGUUUGUAAUACCAAUAAAAUCUU